UUUUGACUCUUCAAAAUCUCCAACUAAUACCUUUCACGUACCAUUUUCUUCAUCAAUGUCAUCAUGAAGAAAUUACCAAGGCCAUCCGCUGUGACAAUACACCCAAGCACAUCCAAGAGUAGAGAGUCCAUCCCUCGAACCUCAAUAUUACCCUCGAGGAAAGCCUCGCGGUCCCAUAAAGUUAGUUAUGCUGUGACAAAAGCAUAUUUGCAGACUGGAGAUCCUGAUGAGGCAAGCAGACUUGCUGAGGUGGAGCAGGGGUUGUUCCUGGACGGAGAUAUCAACGUCGUCAGUCAGAUCGAAGGGACUCAGGAAAUCUUGUGUCUGUCGUACACGGAGACGUUUGACUACUUGGGGGUGGGUCUCGCCGAUGGAACCGUCAGAUUAAUUAAUACACAAACUGGAGAAUUCGACAGGACAUUGAGGGAUGAUGAAAUGAUACAGAAUCCGGGGGCAACUACUGCCCUUAAACAUCGACCCGUUCAGGGUGCCCUUCCGAUGACUCAGACCCUAACAGCAACUUAUGUCACUGGAUGUGUGAAAUGUUGGCACUACCCCACGGCCCGUUGUCUCUACACAAUUCGUGAAAAUAGACAAACCCUAGGUCUCGCUUAUCACCCGACACUUCCGAAGUUUGUGACGGUCGGUGAUGAUACGAAGUUGUGUGUUUAUGACGAGGAAACGAAAACACUCGAGCGAAUAUUGCAAGCCAGCACUGCCCUAGAAAUCAUGAGCGGUCACAGAUCCCGAGUGUUCGCCGCUUGCUUCAAUCCUAGAUCUCCUCAUGAACUCAUCAGUGGAGGAUGGGACGAUACAAUACAAUUUUGGGAUAUUCGGGAGCCUCAUUCUUCUAGAUUUAUCAGUGGCGUUCAUAUUUGUGGCGAUAGUAUUGAUAUCAGUCAAGAUGGGAAAGAGAUUCUCACGUGCGCAUGGUCGAAAACAGAUGCAAUCCAACUGUGGGAUUACAGAACAGGAAAACUUAUAGCCACAUUGGAACCGGAUCCCUGGGAGUCCCUUCUCUACGCUGGCAAAUAUAUCGGUAGUUCGUUCAUUGUUUGCGGUGGUUGCAACAGUAAUUUAUUCAGAAUCAUCGACCUAAACUCUAAGACCACACUCUCUGUGGUGAAAAAGCUACCUGGAGGGGUGUAUGGGAUCGACAUAGGCCCUUCUAGCGCCAAAUCGCAGAAGAGAAGCCUCAAAUAUCCUUCCCUACCACGAAUCGCUUUUUGUUCUGGUAAAAGCGUACUUGAAGUCGAAGCAAAUAGUUAGAACUGAGUCGGGACCUCAAAAUUGGAGGAUG